GAGAUGUAGUUUAGCACACCCCACCUUCCUAUUGGCCGCUGGCUGCCGGGCUGUGUGGGCCUGACAGUGGUGGCGCAUGCGUGCUGUGAGUAUGACCCUAGAACCUCACACACGGCAGAAGACAAGAGAAAGGGGUGAAUAUGGCAGGAGUGAGGCUGAGCGUUGCUGCUGCCAGGCAGGCUCGAUUACUGUGGUCACACGGCGCCCGGCACAGCAGGUGUUCUGAGUGUGCUUAUAGUACAGCACCUCAGCAGAGAAGUCCGGGUGACCAGUCCACCGCAGGUGAUGAUAAUGUGGAACCAAAGUCUUACAGCGUGCGGACACUGGAGAAGAAAGCUCUCAAGCUAGAGGAGGAGGUGAAGAAACUAUCAGAGUCACACAGGAGGGCCACAGCAGACUCUGAAAAUGUUAGGAAAAGAACACAGAAGUUUGUGGAAGAUGCAAAGCUGUUUGGAAUCCAGAGCUUCUGCCGUGACCUAGUGGAGGUGGCAGACAUCUUGGAGCAGGCAGUUGACAAAGCAAAAGAGGAGGGGAUUAAGGAUCUAGCCGAAAUCUUAGCUAAGGUUGAUGGUAAACUGCAAAGUGUGUUCACAAAGCACGGACUGCAGAAAAUGGCAGCGGUGGGAAGUGACUAUGACCCUUACGACCAUGAAAUAGUUUGUCACGUGCCUGCUGAGGGAAGGAGACAUGGGAGUGUGGCAACUGUACAACAAGAUGGAUACAAGUUACACGGCCGCACCAUACGCCAUGCUCAUGUUGGAAUAGCAGUGGAAACACAAGACUGAGAAAUGCUGGAAUGGAUCCCCUUCUGUGUCCUCCUGAGAUAUCCCCUUAUUUAUUGCAUUAUGGUUAGCGCUUUAGAUCAUUAUUUUUUUCUCAGAGACUUCAAAUAAAGCCUUUAUGCUCCAAGAGUCACCUGUGCUUAGUGACUUGCUGGUGCAUUAAGGGACACCUUUUAGACUGAGCUUUUUUAUUUAUGAUAGCUUUUUAGUUAGAAAAUAGAAGCAAUACUUAAUUGAUGUAUGAUUUUGUGGAAAUCAGGUCUGAGACAUAUCUUAAAGAAGUUAACUUUUUUUUUUAGCUUGACGGUAACUUUAUUUCUUCACGAUGCUGUUUAAAAAAUGUUUUGUCCCACAGAUAUUCCUAUAACAUCCCUAAGGGAUACAUUUAUUAUAAGAAAAUGAAAACGGUCAUUUGUAGAGUGGUGUUAUCCUAUUUUGUUUUGGCCCUAUUCACUGUAUUCUUUUCAAUUUUUUUUUUGUUUUUGUUUUGUUUGUUUGACCACUUUUUGGAAUUUAUACACCUCCUAUGUAGACAAUUGUGCUGGAGCUUAAGGAGAUUUUAUUGUGAAGAACAAAACUGCACAACCACAAAGUUUACUUAGUUGCUUCUCCUGCUAUCUGAAAGUGGGAAAGAUGAUUGAACUGGAGGACCAAUCACAGAUCACAAUCAACAGCUGGUAGCUUGUAAUUGGUCCUCCUGCUUGAAGACCCCUCCAUUAUAAAGUGGUGACUGGAGUCAUUUGCAGGUGUCCUGCAGCAUUAAAUGAGUGUUAUCUUUGUUACAAAGCAGUAGUUUGAGCAUGUAUAAAUUAUGUUGUGCAGAGUCAUCCUUCAUUACCUGCCAAAGCAGAUUCUAGGUAAAUAAGUCUGCUUUCAUAAUACUAUACCUUGUUUACAUAAUAGGUUCUUCUUCGUUUCUCAUGUGCAUCAUUUAUUUGUGAAAUAUGCUAUUCUUUCAGUCAUUACAUUUGCCUCAGUUUAAUUUUGUUUUUUCUUCUGUAGGAUGCCUUUAACCUUGUUCUUGCCAGCAUCUUGCAGAGCAAUUUUUUGAAAUGUGUAGGUUCUGUGGGGGGUAUCCAGUUACCCCUGAUGCCGUUUUGGUGGAUGAAAACGGGCGGAUAUCGUGAUUAAUGGCCGAUGGUCGUUAUCCAAUUAAAGGGCAUUUUGACCAGCCAAAAUUGGACCAGUGAUCGCGCUAAAACACAUGGGAUUGGGGGAUUAGUCCCUGAACCCACGUGUUAUCGUGGCUCCGGCAGGACAAUUAUUGUGGAUUAUGCUUUGGGUGUCUGAGGCACCUGGAGCAUAAUCCCUGAUAAGUGCUGGCAUUGGGUGAGGAGCGCGUCACAUCAGGGCUAAUAGGAUAGCCCCCAGCGAUACAAUUACCCCCUAUGUUUAUCUGGGAUGCGGUUAUGUGACCACCGGUCACUAUACCAACGCCGGAAUCCCGCCCGGUGGAAAGCCCGACAGUCUGCAUGCCGAUUGACAGGGACUAUUCCCACUCAUGGGUGUCCACGACACCCAUAGAGUGGGAAUAGAACGUGUGGCAAGCCUGCUGCAUUGCGAGCGCGUCAAGCCUGCAAGGGGCUUCGUUGCACUCGCCCCCCCCCCCCUGCCGGAAAUAUUAACAGGAUGCCGGUAUCGUGACCGGCGGUAUCCCAACCUCCGGUCACCCAUACCCAACCCGUUUAUCUACAAGCUAAUUACUAAUUUAAACUGCCCUUAAAAAAUAACUUUAGCUUUAUAUACGUUUAGAUUGUAAAUACUACCAAUCGCUGUCGGAACUGCUUGGACCUUGUGUCAGUAGACCCUGCACGCACUGAAACUCUUGUCUUCCAUCUCCUGCUGCAGGAAAAUAAACUGCAGUGGUGAGGGUAUGUAGAUAUUGGCAUCACACGUGGUAUACAUUGGAAAUCUGCUCUUCUGCUAGUUGCUGGGGUAUAAAAUUGCUGUGGGACAUAAAUCUCUGACACACUGCAAUGAGUCGCUUGCAGCAACUACAGGCAACUUAAUGCUGUGAGGAAGAUCGGACCUUUGGCUGUUUUCCAUGUCAUCAUUUCCAUCUAAUUUCCAUUGAUAGCUAAUGUACAUUUUUUUCUGGUCAGAACGUAAUGCGGAUUUUUAUGCAGUCUGCGGUGAUGAAUACUUGUUAAGGGUUAGUGUCUGUUUAAAAUAUGUUAAUAUACUACAUACAUCUGAGAACAAAUGUGAUGUUUCACAAAUCUCUAUGUGUGGGAAUAGUUUGAGCCCUCCCCUUCCUUCCAUAAAGAGACAAUAGUACAUACAACUAAUAUGCCGUCAACCAAUUAUCUGACAUACAUUUGUGCAUUGCAAGUUCCAAAUAAUGCAACAUUAAGCACAAAUGUGAGCUACAGUCCCAUCUAAUGACCUAAAUUAAUAGCAUACAACGUUUUAGUGGAAUUUCACAAUAUAAUUACUGUUAAUUUCAACAUUCUAAUUUAAUGUUUUCUGUGAGCUCAAGUUUAUGAUAAUCUGCAACUAGUGUAUAGGCUUUAACAGACUGGAAGCAUGUAACAUUUGAAUGUAUAUGAUAGCUUAUUAUGGAUGACGUCUCUUCCCCUACGCACUGAAGCAUAGUGGUUUCCUGCUGGAACAGACUGCAGUCUGGGAAGAAACCCGUAGUAAAUGGUUUUCAAUAUUCUGGAACUAAAAUGUACUUCCUUUAGAAGCAGAGUCUUCCAUUUUACUGAUGUAAUGUUUUUGUUGAUUUAAUUUAUAUUGCUACAACUUCUUGUUUUAGAAGAAGUAUAUAAUUAAUAAGGGGCUAGCUUGAACAACAUUUCAUACUGGAAUGAAGGACAAAUCCUUUCCCACCUUACGCACCUAGGCCAUGUGCACUGACGUUCUCAGUCACAUUCCUUUAUCUCUUCAUGCUGGUGUACAACAUUGUAUGCUUUCUACCUCUGUACCAGAAAGUUGUCCUUCAUAUUGAAGACCCUGCUAUGCAUAAACAUGGUUUGCUGGGAAACACAUAUGGAAUUGGAAAGCUCUCACUUAGAGGGCCCUAAUUCCGGUUUUACCAGAGCGGCAUGUGGUACUGUCAUUCCAUGCAGCAGGUGUUAUGCGACCUGCCUUUUUGGGCGGGGGGGAAAGGAGUAACCAAGUGUGAAAUGUGUCUAUUAGGGGACACCAUUUGUUUUUCACCGGUUCUACUUGUGUUUUCACCAAAAUAAAAAAAAAUGUCAUGUUCA